CGUGUUAUUUGACCAAAAUGUUUAAAAAGCUACUCGUUUGUUUUUUGUUCGGCUUUGUUAAUGUUCAGGGACAGGAGAAAGUUGGUCGUGAUGUGUGCAAAAACAUAGAACAGAUGGCCGAGAAACCAGCACCACUUCCCGGCAAAACAGAAAAAGAGGUCAAAGAAACGGCAGAGAACGCCAAAGACCUCAUGCACGAAAAAAAUCUGGAUGUGGUAAUAGACAAUAUCGUAGCAGAAGCGGGAGGCUCUAUUCAAAUAAUCACAACAUUAUCGGGUGCUAAUAAAGGACCAACGACACUUCAAGGCGUAAAAAAGCUGAGCGCUAAAAAGCUUAGUCAAGUAGCCACCAAGGGUGCUUCGAAGUUAAGCACGUUUAUUCACAAAAAGUUGUCCGCUAAACUUAAAGGACAAGAUGUAGAUCCUGACGCAUUAGAGAUGGUAGCUCAAGUAGCUGCAAAUCAAAUAUCCAAAGUCGGAAUUGCAAAACUAGAAGCACGAUCAAAUAAUCAACCGAAGUCACUUCCACCUCCAAAUCAGCCUUCAUCAGACCUCAGCGAUUCUGGAAAACCCUACCAAAGACCCCCCUCGAAAAAAACCAUGUGCAUGUUCACCCCACCUAAGGAAUACUGCGUUAUACAGAUGAAGAAUAUGCCUGGCAGAUCAGAGCCAGAGGAACUAAACCCACCCGACGUCGGCGUUGCCGACGAAGAUGACGAUAAAGGCGUUGCCGAUGGCCCUGGCGACGACGAGGGGGUUGCUGACGACGACGAGGGCGUUGCUGACGGCCCUGGUGACGAGGGCGUUGUCGAUAACGAGGACGAGGGUGUAGCUGAUGAUGAUAAUGAGGGUGUUUCUGAUGAGGCGAAGAAAUAAACAUUGGUCCCUAUCA